UGGAUGUAACCAGUGAUGCUGAGCUGGUGGCAAAAUCUCUCGCGGAAGUGGAAGAAGCAUCAGGACCAAUCUACAUGCUGAUCAAUUGUGCGGGACAAGCUGUGUGUGGAAAAAUCGAAGACACUCCUAUAAAUGACUUUAAAUACAUGAUGGACCUGAACUACUAUGGCACUGUGUACCCGACUAGAGCAGUUCUGCCAGGAAUGAAGGCACGAGGCAAAGGUCACAUUGUUAUAACUUCGUCUCAAGCUGGUAUGCUCGGGAUUUAUGGUCUUGCAGCUUAUAGUGCUUCCAAGUAUGCUCUGAGAGGAUUUGCUGAGUCGUUAGAUAUGGAGGUACGUCCAUAUGGUCUGCGAGUGACGGUUUGCCUGCCUCCUGACACUGACACACCAGGGUUCGAAAUAGAAGAGAAGAAUAAGCCGAUGGAAACCCGCCUCAUCUCCCAAACUUCAGGUCUCCUAUCACCGGAAGUCGUGGCUUCACAGCUACUUAGCGAUGCAGUUGCUGGUAAGUUCUUCAGUACAGUGGGUUUUGAAGGAUUUAUGCUCACUACUGUCUGCGCAGGGAUGUCUCCCGUCACGUCUGUUGUUGAUCUCCUAUCUCAGGUCACUCUGAUGGGUUUGAUACGUCUUGUCAGUGUCUACUAUCUUCUGUCAUUCCAGAGUAUUGUCAAGAAGUGUAUGAAGAAUAAGGAUCUUGCAAAGAGAUCAGAAUAAAUUCAAUCACACUCAUGUCAUUCAUCAGCAUUUUGCCAACAACGUCCGUUCUUGAGAGAGAUAAAUUCCUCAUUGGCAUUUAUAGUGAAUAGAAAACAUUAAACAUAAAAUAGAAGUUGAAGAAACUAUUCUAGUGUAGUAAUACUGUUCUUUUAAUGUACUCAUAGGGU